UGCGCAUGCGCUCUGUGGAUAAUGACAGUUGGGAUGGUGCGAGAAGUUCAGUAGGACGCUGUGAGUGACACUGCCCACGGGACAGAGACACGGGUGGACAAACCGUGCGACAGAACCAGUCACUAAACCAGACUGACGACCCACAUCAAUAUAGCGUUGUUGUCUAUGCAUCCAAAUCAAUACCACUUUACUUCAAGAUACUGAUGGCGGAUGAAGAACUGGUGAAGAAGAUGCUACGGGCGGUGCUCAUGUCCAGUAAGAAUGGGGUGUCACUGUCCCGUCUGCAGGUAGAAUAUAAAGACAUGACAGGUGAGCUCAUACCCUAUAAACAGUUGGGUUAUGCCACAUUGGAUGCCUUUCUGCACAACAUGCCCUCAGUCAUGAGAUUAGACAAAGAGCAGUCUGGAGAGGUGGUGUGCCAUGCUAGUACAGGGAAUGAGAUGGCCCACAUUACGAAGCUUGCAGCCCGUCAGCGUUUAUCAAAGAAGACCGGUCGACCUCAGGUGGUGAACUGUCAAAUGAGAAUGAAACCUGCAGCUCCGCUGGUACUCAAUGCCAAGCCGAGGACAUCUUUGAGACAGCCUGAGCAUCGUGGACGUCUGGGGCGAGGUGGAGGUCGUGGAGGGGCUCAUGGAGACUAUCGCAUUGGAAAUAUGAGAGACUUCCAGCCUGAUGGGAGAGGUGGCAAACCCCACAGCACACCCCCAAAUACACCCCCAAGAAAAUCCUCUAUUCCCUCGGAAAGAUCAGACAAAAGGAUGACCCUUCCCUCCAGAUUCCAGAAAGAAGUUCUUACCCACCUCUCCCGAAAUCCGCAACAGAGCAAUGCCCCUUAUAACCUGACUGAAAGCACAACUCCAGCAAAACAAAGAGUGCCUCAUACUGCGCCUUACAGUCCCAAACUGGUGCAGUCUCAUCUUAAAGAGAUUCUUAACAAGCACUGCAAUGGCCUCUGGGUAUCCAAGCUGCCUCAGCUAUACCAAGAUCAUUAUAAACAAGAUCUACCCAUUGAAGCCCUGAAAGAUCUGGAACACUGGACUCACAUCUGUACUGUUGAGAAACCCUGCAUCAGCAAACCACAAGAGUUUCUACUGUACCCUGCUAAAGAAAUUAACCAGAUUAGCACCUCACCCAAUGCUGCUACACCCCCCAAACAUGACACAUCACCAUCCCAUCAGAAAACACCUCAUCAUACUCAAAAAUCAUCUCUCACCUCCAAACCAAGAUCUCCUGCAUCAUCCAGAGCUCUACCUCCAGAUCUCAGACAGAGACUUGGAGAGCUGCUCUUGAAAUACAGCAGUGGUCUGUGGGCCCACGCUCUGCCUAAACUCUACCAGGACACCUAUAAAUCCAAGCUGCCAGAGUUUGUGCUGGAUAACCUCACUCUGCUGUCAGAUAUAUGUACGAUUGACUACCCCGUACCAGACAACCCCAAAAGAGCGAUUCUGUAUGCCAAAGCGGUGGAGGAUGAGAACCGUAACCAGUCUGGAUUGGCUCAAUUACAGACAUCAGAGCGGCGUUUAAGCAGUCAGACGGUGCCUCAUCUCAUUAUCCCUACAGAGGAAUAUCCAUCUGUCCUGGUGAUGGAAGCAGCCGACACUAACAGUGUCAUUCUGAGAUAUAUUGGUGAAAGUUACUCCAAGGCCCAGGAGAAGAUGGAAGAUGAAAUGAGAGAGUUUUAUAGGAAGGACAACACCAAGAUGACUCUGAGUUCACCCUGUCCAGGUCAGCUGACUGCUGUACGUGCUGAGGAAGAGGAGGAGAUCCUACGAGCACAAGUGUGUGAGGUCAUGGCCGACAAAGUCAAGGUUCACUAUGUAGAUCAUGGCUUUUCUGAAGUCAUCAGCGGGAGCAAACUGCUCGAGUUACACGAAAAGUUUUUUAGAUUGCCUUUUCAAGCCACCAAAUGUAAACUGGCUGGCCUGGAGUCUUUUAGCCAUGAGCCGGCAGUGCUGAAGAGGUUCGAGUCUGUGGCCAGCGGUAAGAUUCUAUUGGCUGAGAUCGUAGAGCGGGAGGAAGUGCCUCUGGUGGUCCUGUAUGACACAUCACAGGAUGAUGAUAUCAACAUUAAUGCAGCUUGUUUGAAAGCUCUGCAAGACAAAUCAUUAGAGAGUCCCCUAAAGGUCAACAGUGCUUAUAUGAAUGUGACUGUGACUAGUGUUUGCUCAGAUGGGACGAUCUACUGCCAGGUGCCUUCAAGAGGUCUGGCUAAACUUCAUGAAAUUCUAGAGAAGAUCGAAAACUAUUUCCGUUCCCAGGUCACAUCAGAGUCACUGGUUUCCCAACCGUUUUGUGGCAAAAGCUGUUUGGCACGUUACAAAGGCAAAUGGUCUCGGGUGGAGAUAACAAACCUUCACGGGAGCCGGGUGUUGGAUAUCCUCUUUGUGGAUAUUGGUGUCCAGGCGUCCGUUGAGGUCACUGAGUUGAGAGAGAUCCCUCCUCCUCUGCUGCGUGACAUCAUCUCCAUCCCGCCUCAGGCUCUGAAGUGCUGUUUGGCAGAUCUGUCUGUGAGUGUGGGUUCAUGGACUCCUGAUGCUGUACAGUGGCUGAGAGAUACAGUACUCCACUGCAGUGACUGCAGCUUAAAGAUCUCUAAGGUGGACGAGUCCAAACACCUUGCUCAUGUUUAUCUCUUCUCCAGCAAGAACUUCCACGACACAAGCUGCAGUUUAAACCAACAGCUUGCUAACUCUGAUCUGUGGAACCACCAGAAGGAUGUUUUCUUAAGCAGCCACGGACCUUCAAAAUUCCCCCAGACAAUCCCGGUCACCAUCCAGACCUCCAGCUUAAGCCCCAGUGAAGGAGAUAAAACUCUACACACGCUCAAGAAGAGAUCAUCCCCACCUGGAGGCCAGAGCACACCUCCAGGCUCCCCAGCCAAACAUCUGUCUCUUCCUCCGGCGCUGGAGUUGCCCGUAGUUGGGCAGAACAUAGAUGUGUUUGUUUCGGUGGCCUGCCAUCCUGGACACUUUGUCCUACAGCCAUGGCAGGAUAUGUAUAAAUUAGUUGUUUUGAUGGGGGAGAUGAUUCUGUAUUAUAAUCAGACAGAGGAGAAGCCGCUUAAAGUGGAGAAGAGUCAAGUCUGCGCUGCCAAGAUAGAAAACAACUGGUAUCGCGUUCUGGUUAAAGGAGUUUUGAACAAUGGAUUGGUGUCAGUGUAUCAGUUGGACUACGGCAAACAUGAGCUAGUGAGAUGCACUCAGCUCAGACCGCUCAUCCAAGAGUUCUGCCAGCUUCCCUUCCAGGCCAUCACUGCUCAGCUGGCCGGUGUGAAGUCCAGGCAGUGGUCUGAAGAAGCCUCCAUUGUGUUUAGGAAUCAUGUUGAGAAGAAGCCUCUGGUGGCCCAACUAGAAUCAGUGCAGGAGGCAUCACAGCCGUGGGACCGUAAGGUUAUCAUCUACCUUGUGGACACUUCACAAGAGGAAAGAGACAUCUGGCUGCAUGACAUUAUGGCUGAAUUUACUGAUGAGCUGACCAAUGCAGCAUAAAAACCUUAAAGGAAAACACCACCAUUUUUCAAUAUUUUACUAUGUUCUUACCUCAACUUAGAUGAAUUAAUACAUACCUAUCUUUUUUCAACGCAUGCACUUUUAAUCUUUGUACAGUGCUUCUUGAAUUAAAUGUUAGCAUUUAGCCUAGCCCCAUUCAUUCCUAUGGCUCCAAACAAAAGUUUUAUUUCGUGCCACCAUACUUACUCGUGUAACUACUCAUGUAACAGUCUUUAAAUAGGGAAAACAUGGAAGUGUUUGGUGGCUUCUACAUUCAUCCCUGUUUGGAGCCAUAGGAAUGAAUGGGGCUAGGCUAAAUGCUAACACAUUCACGAGGCGCUGUACAAAGAUUAAAAGUGCACGCAUUGCAUAAAGAUAGGUAUGUAUUAAUUCGUCUAAGUUGAGGUAAGAACGUGUGUUCUCCUUUAAUAAUUACUAAGAGUGUUCUGAAGGAUUCAAAUACAUGUGGUUAUUAGUUGAGAUGGGGUGCAAUAGAUAUGAAGGUUUUUUAUAAAUAUGACUUGAACAGAGUUCUACAUAGAAUUGUUUAAAUGUGAUUGACACUUUAAGAGUAACUUAACACUAAGCACCUUUAAAAGCUCUCUAAACAGAAAAAGCUGUGAAGAUCAAUUGAUGGUGAAAACCAGAAUCCAUCUGUACGGGACCUCAAGAACAGUACAAUUGAUGCUAUAUUUAAGGAAACUUAAAAUACUGACCAGAUUACAUUUGUGUAAUGUGAUAUAUGGUAGCAUGUUUCAUGCUUAAUGUGUAGCAUGUUCCAAAAGUGCCAGUUUAUUAUUCUGUAGUGUUCAAAAGAGACUAAACAGUGCAUAAUGUGCUUUGACAUUUCAAAUAUUGUUUACAUUGGAGUUUUAGAGAGAAAUGCAUUUUUUUUAUUUCCUCUGUAGUUAUGGUAAAAGCUGUUUACGCUCAAUAUGGAUGUAUUUGUCCUCUGGUUUUAGCAUUAUUUAUUUAACUUUAGUUUUCUUUGAUUGAUACUAUAGUGAGAGCAUGUUUGGGAUUUGCAAUGUGUACAUCCAAUUUCCAUAUUAUAAGAAACAAUUGAGCUUUAUUAACUAAUUAUAACGAUACAUAUUUAAAGGGAUAGUUCACUUUAAAAUGAAAAUUCUGUCAUCAUUUACUCACCCUCAUGUUGUUCUAAACCUGUAUGAAUUUCUUUUUUCUGAUGAACACAAAAGAAGAUAUUUUGAGAAAUGAUGCAGUAAGUGACCAUAGACUUCCAUAGUAGGAAUAAAAAAAUAUGAUGGAAUUUUAUGGUUACCGUCAACUGUGUGAUUACCAUUAUUUAUCAAAAUAUUUUCUUAGUCAUUUAUCACAAUACUUCCAAAAUAUUUUUUCCUACUAUGGAAGUCUAUGUUCACUUACUGCUGUGUGUUUACCAUCAUUUCUCAAAAUAUCUUCUUUUAUGUUCAUCAGAAAAAAGAAAUUCAUACAGGUUUAGAACAACAUGAGGGUGAGUAAAUGAUGACAGAAUUUUCAUUUUAAAGUGAACUAUCCCUUUAAUUGAGACUUGAAAGAUAUACAUUGUGGGCACAGAGGAUUUCACUUGUGUUUUAAGUACAGAUGCUAAAUAUUUUAGAAAUAAAACGGGAAAAAUUA